CUCUCUCUUCCUUUCUCUCUCUGUGGAUCAUGACGAUGGAAAUUCAGGUGUCCAACGAGUUUGAUCGUCGCCACACGAACGCCGAUGCCACGAUCGUCAAGUUCAAGGGCAAGCGCACCAGGCGCCAACGCCCACCAUCUCCCCUCGCGUUGACCAUGGCUUGCAGCAGCAGCUCCGAUUCCGAACCAAGAACGGUCAUCGCCCACCACAGGCUCGCCGGUGGCAACGAAGACUCCGAUCCCACCACGACUGCUACUACGACGACCGCUUUCGCGGCGUCAUGUGAUUCCCCCGAGCACACCAAAGAAGAAGAGGAAGACAUGGCCAACUGCUUGAUCCUCCUGGCUCGAGGCCGAGGCCCGAUCGCCCCAAAACCCAUGGUUGAUUGCAACAACGACAAGGUCGAACUGUCGUGCGUCUUUUCGUGCAAGACGUGCGGCCGGAGCUUCCCAUCCUUCCAAGCUCUCGGCGGGCACAGAGCCAGUCACAAGAAGCCCAAGCUCGACAACGACGACAAGAACAAGCAGCCCGUCCACUUCACGAUGAAGUACAAAGAUAUUGGCGACAAACAGGCGAGCUCUGCUGCAUGCACGGCCCUUUCCCUGCAAAUAAUGCCGGGCGCCGCCACGUCGAGUUCCGGGAACAAGUCGAGUAACAAGGUACACGAGUGCUCGAUAUGCGGGGCCGAGUUCAACUCAGGUCAAGCGUUGGGGGGUCACAUGAGGAGGCACAGGCCGGUCAUGUCCGGGUCCGGAGCCAACAACACGGAACCCGAGAUCAAGAAGGUCAGACAGGGGCAAGGACUGCAGGAUUUGGAUCUGAAUCUGCCGGCGCCGGCCAUGGAUGAUGAAGAAGAGCGGGAGGCGGCCGCCAAGUACGCUUUUGCGUCGAAGGAACAAGUUCUCGUCUUCUCCACGUCUACUCUGGCUUUGGUGGAUUGCCAUUACUGACAAGCAACCCGUGUUAUUCUUUUCUUUCUCUCUUUUGGUUUCUCAAUUUGCCUUUUGGCACCAAAACAUCUGUUGUGGAAUUGACGUGAUUCAUUUAUUUAUUCUUUAAAAAAGAAGAAUAGCACGUCUUGUAACAAUGACGUAUACUCUUUACUAGAGAGAUACAAUA